UAAUAAACUAUAAUAAUAUGUAACAGUUGCAGUUCUAAAAAAUUCUCACAUCAAAAUUAUAUAAAAGUUUUUAUUGAAAAUGGACUUCCCCAAUACAAUAAACCACAUGUUGACCACCUGUCCGGAUGGCUUGACAGUCAGUUCAGCUUAUGAUAUUAUGCAGAAAAUGUUUAAUGAUAAUGGCCUUGAUAUAAUUUUACAUGACACAGCUGAUGAGAUUAUUGAUUAUGCAGUAACUGGAAUACAAUUAAGUGUAAAUCCCGUAAAAGGUGUCAUUAAGGUGGUGCUAUACAAUAAUCCAAACCUGAUUACUAUUAUAGAAGUGUCUUUUGGGGACUUGCCUAAUAAGGAUGUUCAAGACAAGCUAAAUGAAAUUUUCUUUCAGAAAAUAUAAGUAAAUUUGAUUGAAUAACAAAUAUGUAUGUUGUCCGGAACUGUUGAAGAGGUAGAGUUAGAAAAGAUUCAAAAACUGGAGUUCAAGUCCAUUUUUUCGGUCCAUUAAAGUCGUAAUAAAGAUUUGUAACAUUUGUAGAUAAUAACCACUAAC